UUCUCUCUCUCUCAAGCCUAGCCAUCAUCACAACGAAUCUCCUCUCUCCUCUCUUUUGUCAUGGUCAUGGGAGCUUUCCGACGUCGUUUUGAACCCAUCUCGAAAUGCACCACCGAUCAACGUUCCAACCAGACGGUGGCGUCCGACCUCGACGGCACUCUCCUCGUGUCCCGUAGCGCCUUCCCUUACUACAUGCUCGUCGCUCUCGAGGCCGGAAGCAUCCUCCGCGCCCUCCUCCUCCUCGCCUCCGUCCCCUUCGUCUACUUCACCUACAUAUUCCUCUCUGAAACCCUCGCCAUCAAGACCCUCAUCUUCCUCACCUUCGCCGGCCUCAAGAUCCGCGACGUCGAGAUCGUCGCCCGGUCCGUUCUGCCACGGUUCUACGCGGAGGACGUCCACCCGGACGCAUGGCGGGUGUUCAACUCCUUCGGUAAGCGGUACAUUGUGACGGCGAGCCCGAGAGUAAUGGUGGAGCCGUUCGUGAAGACAUUCUUGGGGGUGGACAGGGUGCUGGGGACGGAAUUAGAGGUGACAGCGUCGGGGAGAGCCACCGGACUGGUGAAGAAGCCGGGAGUGCUGGUGGGUGAGCACAAGAAGGUGGUGGUGAUGAAGGAGUUUGGGUCGCCGGCGAACUUGCCGGAUUUAGGACUGGGAGAUAGCGAGAGCGAUCAUGAAUUCAUGUCAAUUUGCAAGGAAGCAUAUAAAGUGCCAAGGACCAAGUGUGAGCCACUACCAAGGAACAAACUUUUAAGCCCUGUUAUCUUCCAUGAGGGUCGCUUAGUGCAAAGGCCAACCCCUCUUGUAGCACUCUUGACCUUCUUGUGGAUGCCAAUUGGUAUUAUAAUCUCAAUCUUAAGGGUAUACCUUAACAUCCCUUUGCCUGAAAGGCUUGCUUGGUAUAACUAUAAGCUUCUGGGAAUAAGGGUCAUAGUGAAGGGCACCCCACCCCCACCCCCAAAGAAAGGCCAAAGUGGAGUCCUGUUUGUAUGUAACCACCGUACAGUUUUAGACCCUGUGGUCACCGCAGUUGCACUUAAAAGAAAAAUCAGCUGUGUCACUUAUAGCAUAAGCAAGUUCAGUGAAAUGAUAUCACCAAUCAAAGCUGUGGCAUUAUCAAGGGAAAGAGAGAAAGAUGCAGCAAACAUUAAGAAAUUACUUGAAGAAGGUGACUUGGUGAUUUGCCCUGAAGGUACUACUUGUAGAGAGCCAUUUCUUCUGAGGUUUAGUGCUCUUUUCGCUGAGCUAACUGAUAGAAUCGUCCCUGUUGCUAUCAACACAAAGCAGAGAGUGUUUUAUGGUACAUCAGUUCGUGGGUUUAAGUUCUUGGACCCUUAUUUUGUGUUCAUGAACCCUAUGCCCACCUAUGAGAUCACCUUCUUGAAUCAGCUUCCCACUGAACUGACAUGCAAGGGAGGCAAAUCUGCCAUUGAAGUUGCAAAUUACAUCCAAAGGGUUCUUGGAGGAACUCUGGGUUUUGAAUGCACAAACUUGACAAGGAAGGAUAAGUACGCCAUGCUCGCAGGAACAGAUGGGAGGGUUCCAUCUAAGAAAGAGAGCGCCUCAAAUUGAAAAGAGAGACAAGAAGAACAAGAAGAAGGCAAUCAGAUCAUCCCUUUUGAUUGUGAAUCUGCAUCUUUCACGUAUCUUUCUAAAGCGUUUAGAAGCAAGCAUGAUAGUAAUAAGAAUUUGAUUAUUGUAAUGAUGAUAUUGGUCAUAAAAAAAGGUUCAACGGUGAUUUAUAUGUAUCCAGUGAUUCUGAUAUAAAACAAAAAAUAUAGUUUCUGCAAUUGGUUCAGUCGUGAAUUGUUAGAAAUGUGCCGUCAAAGGUUUCUUACCAAACAAUUUUUGCAA